UGCUGGGGAAAAGGCGCACAUGCGCACCGCGGGCGGUUGACGUCACACCGUCGGUGAGCAGCAACGUUGACUUGACUGCACUUCCUGCCAUCAGACUGACCGGUCGGUCGCAGUUCGGCUGUCCCGCAUCAUGUUCAGAGCCGCCGUCCGCCUGUCUUUCUCCGGUGUUCGGAGUUUGACCCGUUCGAAACCGGCUUGCAGAGGUGUGUUGGCCUCAAGGUGCUAUUCACAUGGGAAACAGGAGACAGAUGAGGAGUUCGAUGCACGUUGGGUCACCUAUUUCAACAAGCAAGACAUCGAUGCGUGGGAGCUGAGAAAAGGGAUGAACACAUUGAUCGGUUACGAUCUGGUACCUGAGCCAAAGAUUCUCGAGGCGGCACUGCGAGCUUGUCGGAGGUUAAACGACUUGGCCAGUGCAAUCCGAAUUCUGGAAGCUGUCAAGGAUAAAGCCGGGCCCCACAAAGAGAUCUACCCGUACCUCCUUCAAGAACUUAGGCCGACAUUAGACGAGCUCGGAAUCUCUACACCGGAAGAGCUCGGCAUCGACAAAGUCUAAAUCAAUUGGUGAUGGAUGUCCUCAGAACGCAGAAUUUGUGUACCUACGUUUGCCUCAUCUGUCUAUUUAAUUUUGCCUUUAUUAAGUUCUUUUGCUUGUACAAUAUUGAUGAACCGAAUAAAGGAAGAUUUAUCUGUAACGUGUGUUACAAGUACUUCAAAAUACUGUUUUUAAAAGAAAAUGUGAAGUUGUUCUGCAAGCAAUCGAUUCAUGACAAGUUCAUUUGUGAGAGGCUCCAUUUGUUUGGAUGUGCUUUCGUUUGUCGCCACCAGAGGCCAGCAUUUUCGCUUUAUUAAAAAGCCAUUCGAUUGCAUUUACAGUAGAAGUGUUGUCAUUUCAGGGACCUUGUUCGAUGCUGAUCAAAUAAACAUGUUCAAAUGGCACAUCGGUUUCACAUAAUUGAUCAGACACGUGAAUGAAAGCAUCCAAUAACUUGAAUUGUUGGUAGAUUGUGGCGAGUUAUGUCAAUAUUUAAUGUUGUUAAAGGACUAAACUUCAACGAAUGUCCUCUUUGUCAACAGCCAGCGUUCAUUUUUUUGAUGGAAGAUUUAACUAACCAAGUCACAACAUCCAGAACAUAAAUUUUCAACACCAACCACUCCACUUGCAUUAAUCUUAGCCAAACACAGAAUACAUCUGCUGUUUGUGCUUAAAACCGCAUUGCUCUAUGAUCUCUGGCUGGCUUUUUAGUGAUUGGAGAUGCAUCACUGAACACAGCAGCUGUCAAUCAUCAGAAUGCAUGUUUUUAUUGAUGUAACUGACCUAUUUGAAUGUUGAUACAAAAAGUCAACACAUACUUUUACCAAUCAUUGUUUUGUGAUCUACUGGAUAAAAGCGACAAAUGUAAAUCA